GAUUGGAUGAAAAUGUAAUUUAUGCUUUUGGAUUCUUUGAUCAAGAGUGUAGACAUAAUUGUUCAACAAUAGCGUGCAGAUAGGAAGGUUUAUGAUGGUCACUCCAGAAAGAUUCAGGAAAAGGCCAAAAAGGGCUCGUCAACUGUUGUCUGCGGUGAGUUGGUGGCUAGAUUCAUCCACUUUCUGCAAGGUUGGAUAAUUCCGAACCUCAAGUUUAUAUACGCAGUAGAGGAGAAUUCAGAGCCAGACUUAUAAGCUUCUUAGGUAUUGACCCUGAUGGACAAAAUUGAGGCAAGAGAUUUGAGGCUUACGUACCGAAAUAAUUGUUACAAUAUAUUCAGUCUCGGCAGUCAUUGGAUGAUGAAAUUGGAAAUUUUAGAAGAACCAAGGCAGUGAAACCAAGUUGCUCGUGGCGUAUGGACUAUGGAAAAUGUCUUGAAAUUCUUUUAAAAAAUGAUUGAAAAGUUAUUCCACGAAGGGAGCUUCCGGAGUAGUUCGAUGAUGACGUGGGAAUUUGUAGUUGGUAGUUCACCCGUUUCUUUCGAAGAUCAUGACCCAAACUUUGUUUAAUCGGCAGCAUGCUGUGAGAACCAAAGAUCUUGAAAAGAAAAGCCCAAAAAGCAACGAAGAAGAAGAAGAAGAAAGGAAGAAGCUGUUAUGUGCUGCUGCUGCUGUGAGGAUUGUGAAUGUAGGCCUCUGGGCUUUCUGCUUGGCCUCCCCUUCGCUUUCCUCGCCCUCCUCAUCUCCGUUGUUGGUAUCCUCGUCUGGAUCGUCGGGUUGGCGUUGACUUGCAUAUGCCCAUGCUGCUUGUGCGUGACACUGAUCGUUGAGUUUGCACUAAUGUUAAUCAAGGCUCCUGUUCUGGUCAUGGAAUGGUUCACAUCUAAGAUCCCCUGUUAAAAUUGUAGGUAGCCUGAAUAGAAUAUCCACUAUCUAAAUGUUUGUUGAUAUUUGAUUUUCUCCCUGAUAGACUUGUGAUUUGGCACAUGUCUUGGGGAAAUAGAGUUUGUCUCUGCUCUGAUGAACAAGAUCUCAUUGUUGUGAAAUUCUGUAAUUUUCUGCCAAAUUGAAUCAUUCGAUUUCGAAAAGUAAUAAGUAUAAUAAGAAAUAUUUAUGUGA